UGGGAAUAGCCAUUGGAUCAGCUGCAGUAGCCACUGUCACUGUUGCUCUUGUAUUCUUUGUAAGUCCUAGCAAAGUGCCAUUAUACACUCUUAACUUAUCAGCCUUAGUUCUUUAUGCGUAGAUCACGUGUGCCAAAAUCAUCAGUAUAUCGCCCUAACAACUCAUCAACAACACCAAUCAACAUGACAGAACAUAAGCCCAGCUCACCAGGCAACCCAGGCUACGCUCCACCGACCAAAUCGUAUGACAAACCCUCCUCUGUCCCUCCUUCUCCUCUUCCUCCUUCUCCUCCUUUACCAGCCUAUACGCAGCUAUCAUCGCCGGUCGAUUACAGUAAACAACAACAUCCUAAUCCAAGUCAACUGCCUUUCCCUCAGUAUGACACGAUGCCUCUACCCCAACACUUUCAGGGACAACCAAAUCAUACAUUGCAAGCACAACAAUGGGGAUCACAACAACAGUAUUCAGUCAACCCAUUUCGUAACAAUUGGCCCCCUUCAACAACGGGCAAUAAAGAAGAGAUUGUACAAAGUCUGGCAGAAAAGUUUGAAAUGAAUGAAUCAUCGACAAAGCAAGAGUAUCAUCAAAAACCCGAUUUUGUCGUUUAUCAAAAGCCUCAUCAAUCAUCCUAAUACUUUGUCUCUUUUAUUGAUUACA